AUGGAUUCAAACCAAGAAAAUUUGGUGGUGCAACAAAAUAUGAACCCAAAUGAACAUAACACAAAUACGAGAAUCAUGAAUAUCAACCAAGAUAAUAAGUUUGAUCGAGUUAGGGACGAGUUGUACAAAUAUUUAGGGAUGGCAUCGGAUGAUAAUGAUGAUGAUGAUGAAGAACCGGAUGGAGAAUAUCACGGAGAAGCUAACGAUGAUGAGGAGCAGGUUUUAGGAAAUGAGUUAGAGUUAUGUGAUGUUGAUCGGGAAAUGGAGAAUGAAUUUACUGAAGAGGAUGUGGUUGUAGGUCCAAUCUCUGGAAUGCGAUUUAGAGAUAAAGAUUCUUUGUUUGUAUUCUACAAAGAACAUGCACGACUGAAAGGAUUCUCCGUCGUCAAAAGAAAUUCCAACAAGAAGGGUGGUGACACUGCCAGGCUCGCUACUGUUUUGGAUGAUUCUGGUUGUUGGCGCAUCUCUAAGGUAGUUCACGAUCACAAUCAUGAUUUGAUCCCAUCCAUAUCGCGCCUGAUGGCUGGACAUAGGUCCGUUUGUGAUUCUUUGAAGAGGGAUCUUGUAGCUUACAAUCAAUCUAGCAUUAAACCCUCCAAAAAUAUUAGACUUGCUGAGGUUCAACGUGGUGGACUGCAAAAUUUGGGUUGCACUCCAAAGGAUUGUAGAAAUUUUAUUUUGAAGAGUAGGAAUUUUGAAAUGCAAGAAGGGGAUGCACAGUCGUUGCUCAACUUUUUUUGUGGAAUGCAGGUAAAGGAUAGGGAAUUUUUCUAUUCAAUAGACAUUGAUAAUAUUGGUAGGCUGCGAAAUGUGGUAUGGGUGCAUUCACACUAUAAGACAGCGUAUGAGCAAUUCCAUGAUACGAUAUGCUUUGAUACGACAUACCUUGUGAAUCGAUAUAAUAUGAAAUGUGCUACAUUUGUUGGCAUCAAUCACCAUAGACAGUCCAUCUUACUGGGAUAUGCUCUCAUGUCUCAUGAAGAUAUCAAUAACUAUAAAUUGGUUUUUAGAACUUGGCUUGAGGCCAUGGGAAAUGUUCAUCCAGAUGCGAUCAUAACUGAUUAG